CCAUAACCUAUAUUUCCUCUUGUCGACUGAAAAAAGGUAAUCAUCGUUCGUCGCUGUGCAGCCUAUUGCAUCAUUAGACGCGCGCGCUUGCUCGCUCCCCAAGAGUAAGUUGAUAAGGGAGCUCUUUCCUGAACCCGUCGUCCCAAAGAUGACGAUAGUCUGAACUUCGUCAUCAUGCGCUUGAUAGGCCACGUUGCCUGACACAGGUUCGCUUCGGGACUCUUUAGCACGUCUCUUAAGAUUCAUGAUGGCGGAUGUGCUCGGUCAACUUGAACUACAGCAGAUGCACUUGAUGUUGUUAGUGUUAGCUCGAGUACAAGGAGGACUAGGCUGUAGUGCAGGGUCAUACGCACAUGCCCAUGCAACUCUUCCGAAUAGACGCCUCGAGGCGUUGCAUACCGGAACGAUGCAAGAUUCCAGAAUCCAGAAAGGCUCAACUUGGCGCCCAUGUCAUAAAGCUUAGUCGGUCGAAGUACUAUUCAACUUGAAGGUAGCUCAGCUGCCGCAGGAGUCUACAGGUAUUGAUCAAGUUAAACUGGUGUUACAGUUGAACGUUGAACUACAACAGUAACCAGCCCAGGGAGAAGAUACAAGGAGUUUCCUAGCCCAACACAGCAGUCGCUGGUUGAGUGGGGAAACUCUGGCUGGGGAGUCGGGAAGGGUUGGUGCUCGUCAUUUGGCAUAUCAUACGGACUCGCUUAUGCAGUCUUUCGUGGUGUCGAAUUUAAGUAUGAGGUUCCUGCCCGGAGCACCGUGCCGUGACCCAAUUAGUAAUAUAAUCAAGGCUCAUGUACGG